AUGGUUGUAGACACGUCGCCUCUCAUACAGGUGACCGCCGCUCACGGGUCACACCCAAUUCGGCUAAGUGUGAAGGGGACCAAACAGCACGACGACCUCUGCACAGCCGAAGAGAGCUUAAGACGAAACUUGCAUGUUUCGUUAAAUUACACGAAGUUUUUAUCAGAAUCGGUAUGUUCGGAGAUUUUCCCAGAUGAGCAAUCAGCUUUUCGAUGCCAGGAGAAAUUUUUAAGUCCUACACGAAAUAUCACGAACCAUCCACCAGAAUUAUCGAUAAAAUGUCAGUCUAAGGAUUCCGUCACGUUUAUGAUAAGUUCAUCCGUGAAUCAGAAACUGGUGGUGCCAGUGCCGCAGGAAGAGGAUUCAAGAUAUAUAAAACCUAUUUUGAUGAACAAUUUUGAGAAGUUUGUUAAGAUAUCUUCAAUGCCAAGAGGCGUUACAUUUUGGACCACGGCGCUCAAUGCUGACGGCAGCCCUUCGCUGUGGCAGAAGGGACCUGAAGUGGGAGUAUGGGAAAAAUCCAGGAUCAAUCAAAUACGACAUAAAGAAUUGGACUCUUGUUUCGAAGUCAUUAACUAUUGCAACACGGAUACGCAAGGAAAUAUUUUUUAUAAGAACAUACAGCCAGACAACAACCGGUCAGUGGUGAUCGGCAACUUGCCGUUGGGAGACAGCUGCAUGUUCACGGUCAAAGGCAAAUAUGGCAUUACGGAGUUAGAGUACCAGACGCCAGAAUGCUUCGAGAUCAAAGAAUGUGCUCCACUGCCGGAAAUCAGCAACGUGACUGUGGAAGUCUCGGAGAGCGCAAGCGGUCAGGGUUGGAGCGUGCGCGCGCUUUGGCAAACGCCGAGGGUGACACCGAAUUAUUACAGCGUGACGCUGUUCGCAGACACGGAAUACAACCUCACUCUUCCCGGGAACUCUACGGAGGCUCUGUUCGAGGAGGUAACUGAGGAAGGCAUGUUCUACGUGGCCGUGUCCGCAACGACAGCGAGCGGCACAGCUCACGCCGGCCUCCCGGUGUUUUUACCACCGCUCGAAGGGCAGACUCUAACUGUUGGCUUGCUGGUCGGCGCUGCGUGGCUCGUCGCCCUAAUGUUCGUGCUAGUAGCCUCACUCUUCGCGUACUGCAAAGAAAGACGCUCGAGGAAAGUGAAGUUCGACUACUUACAGCACUUCCAGAGCAAGUAUUUGAAGGAGGAGCUGUGCAAGGAGGGCGCGCUGGAGGCGCUCAGCCGGGAGCCGGAGGGGGACCGCUGGGAGGUGCGAGGGUCGCGGCUCACUUUGCACGAGGUGGUGGGCGAGGGCGCGUUCGGCACCGUGCGGCGCGCCACCCUCGCGCCCGGGAGGCAGGUCGCCGUCAAGAUGCUCAAGGACUUCCCCACCGCGGAUGAGGUGCGCUCGUUUCGGGCCGAGAUGGAGCUGAUGAAGAGCGUGGGCGCGCACCCCCACGUGGUGAGCCUGGUGGGGUGCUGCAGCGGCCGACGGCCCCUCAUCAUAGCCGAGUACUGCAGCCUCGGCGACCUGCUCACCUUUCUCAGGUGCUCCUGGGACGUGAUGCUCUCGAAGCGCAAAGCGAAAUGCGCCGUCACGAAUGCGGGCUUGGAGUACCGGAGCGGGCUGCUCAAGGAGACAGGCGGCUGUGGAAACGGGGCGGUGGCGAACAAGCUGUACGAGCUGCAGGGCGCCUGCGAGGAGCUCACGUACGCGGACCUGCUCUCGUUCUGCCGCCAGAUCGCGAUGGGCAUGCAGUUCCUCGCGUCCAACCGCGUGGUGCACCGCGACCUGGCCGCCAGGAACGUGCUGGUGGCCGGCGAUAGGACCCUGAAGGUCGCUGACUUCGGGCUGUCGCGCGACGUGUACCAGGAGAACCAGUACAGGCAGAAGGGCAACGGCAAGAUGCCCGUGAAGUGGAUGGCGCCGGAGUCGCUGACCCACAGGAUAUUCACCACGCAGAGCGACGUGUGGUCGUUCGGCGUGGUGAUGUGGGAGGUGGUGACGGUGGGUGGUGCGCCGUACCCGGCGGUGGCGGCGGCGCGGCUGCCGCGGCUGCUGCGCAACGGCUACCGGAUGCACCGGCCCGCCAACUGCACUCCGCAACUCUACGAGGUGAUGAUGUCGUGUUGGAAAGCGCGACCUUGCGAGAGGCCCACCUUUGGGCAGCUGCACGCGCAAUUGGACGCGCUCCUGGCAGCCGCCUGCGCAGACCGCUACCUCGCCCUCGACCUGCCCGUCGACCUGCCAUCGGUGCCAUCGCUGCCACAAUUGCCACUCACGCACACGCUACUCAAGAGCAAAGACGUGUGGGAUCGAGUUAGUUACGAGAAGUCCAGCGCUUUAAGCAACCACUACACCUCGACCCCGGUUACCCAGCUAUCA